ACGUCCCGUGGCUCUGCCCCUUCAGGGGAAUCGGGGGAAUAGAGACGCGGGCCUGGAGCUUUUACUUUAUUCCUUUGUUGCCUGUUCUCCCCGGGGUAUGGCUAAAAUGAGAAUUACAGAAGCGUAGAAUAUCCCGAGUUGGAAGGGGCCCGUAAGGAUCAUCAAGUCCCUCUCCAGGUGUGUUUCAGGUACAGCUCGCGGAUGUUGCCUCGUCUUGGCGCUCCCCCCCAAGAAUCCCAUUUAAAUCGCUACACUGGUAGCUUAAACUCAUUGCUUUACUAAUUUAAACUGCUUAUUUUUUUUUAAACAAAGCUUGAGAGGCGAAGGUCUGUAGUUGGAGUAGUGGCCAGUUGUCUUUACCGGUCUGGCACUCCCUGGGCUCGAGGCUUGUAAAACCUUCCCGGACCCGCUGGAACCCGCGAGCCAUCGCCGAGUUCUGGCGGAUGUUUCAUUGCUACGUGGGUUUUGUUUGGCAGCCUGGCACAGAUAAAGGCGGGGUUACGAAAGCCGCAGCUGCCCGUAGCUAAGAGGGGAGCUGACUUACGGGCACGUGGCCUCCUGCUUGUUUUUCACCCAGGGACCUGACCGCGUAGCUGUGCUUGGCAGAUGAGGACGAGGAAGCCUCCGUGCCCGGUGGAGAAAGUGUGGGUGGACAAACACAAGUACGACGAAGCCGAGAGGCUGCACUACGAACGAGAAGCGAUGCUGGCGGCCGCCGCCGCCCCCGAGGAGUGCCCGGAGGUGGAGGCUGUGAACGGAGUCUGCAACGACGACCCCGCCGAGGGGGAGCUCAGGGGGGACCCGAAACGAGGGAGGAACGGGAAGAAGCAGAGGAAGAGGAAGCGCUCUCCGAAACCCAAAGGCGCGGCCUCCAAGGCGGACUCGGUCCUGAGCGGUUUGUCCGCCGACCGCGUGUGGUUUGAGAAGCCCUUCUACGACCGCGCCGAGAACUCGUACAAUAAAAAAAGAGUGGAUUGUCAGAGCCAGGAGGCGGCUGAGACUGAGCUCGCCGCUGAGCGGCCCGCGCCGAAAGCCGUCCAAGACGCCCCCGAGCCACGGAUGCUCUCGGCAGCCCUGCCCUGCUCCCACGGCAGCCUGAGCGCCUGUCACCACCUCGUUCGGGGUGUCUGGGUCAACAAGGUCGACUUCGAUAAGGCCGAGAGGGCGUUCGUCGAAAGGUCUCGGCUCUUCGUUCCUCCGGGCGUCCUCGCCUUUCCCUCCGUCCCGCCCAACGCUGAGAACGGCGGGCCGAGAACGCCGGACGAAGGCUACGGGACGGCCCUGCCGACUCCCGCCACGCCGAGCUCGGCCCCAGACGCCGUCAGCCCUGCUCCCCUCGUCACCGGCUCGCCGGCCUCCCCCCGCCAGACGGUGAACGGUAAGCCGCAGGCUUCGAGCUUGCGGGCUCUCGUGGCGGAGGUGUGGUUGGAGAAACCUCUCUACGACGGUGCCGAGAAGAGCUUCUACGAGAACAUGGUCGACGGCCCCCCGCCGGAAAAAGCCGAGCGGCAGCAGCGCGGCUGCCCCGAAGCCUCGAAGGACCCCCGGGAGGACGGGAAGAACCCUGGCACUGGGAGAAAAGAGGGCGCCGAGCACACGGAGGCCGCCGGCGGCUCUCCGCCCCCCUCCUCCUUCUUCCUGCACGAGGACAGCGAGGCCGUGUGGCUCAGCAAGCCGACGUACGACCGUGCCGAGUCGCGGCACUACGCGGCCGAGGCUCUGAAAGCCUCAAGAGCGGGAGAGGGCGUGGAGGGGCCCCAAGCCCCGGUAGUAAAACCCUCCCGGCCAGCUGCUAAAGCUUCGACCACCCCCGCGCCAGGAACAAAGUAGGAGAAAUUUCUUCCGGGGUAACCCCCCCACGCGCGCAAAAGCGAGGGGUCAGGAGGGGGCCGAAGGCGUUUGUUUGCGCGUGUGGAAGACGCCUGCGGGCAGGGCGACGGGGGAAGCUCCCGUGAGCCCCUCGCCUCGCGGAGGGGGAAGGCUGCCCGGUUAAUUCGUUAGGAAGCGAGCUCUGCGAGCUGCUGCUCAAUCCGGGAGAGGGCUGGCGGCGUUGCAGAGUUGGCUGGGGUUUGUUUGCGAAGUCUUAAGAUGCGGUGACACAGACGGGUGGUUAUGGGACACCUUCAGAGCCUUUGACCCUGUCCUAAUUGGGGUAAUUUGCUCGUAGCCGGACAGAACUAGGCGUUACGCCUUUCACCCUUCCCCAGGAAAGUCGGGGUGGGGUAAAAUGGGCGUAACUUGUCCGUAACUGGGAUUCUUCCUCCGUAAUCGCGGCGGGCAGCUCGAGCAGGGUCUGGAGGCGCUGAGCGCCGGGAAGGGUUUCGAGGUGGAGGACCUUGACCCGUUGAAGGAGGGCGGGUGAGGAGGGCGCGUGUCUCACGGGAGAGAUUUGGGGGUUUGAGCUGGCGAGGAGGAGGGCGGGGGGGCUCUUGGUGCCUUCCCUGUCGUGUGGUAUAGCCCGGUAGUGGCGUGAGCGGGUUGUGGUGCUUUGUUCUUGCUCCCACCGCCUUCUCGGACCGGUGCUGGGUCCGUAGCUGUCCCCUGGCUUGAAAUGACGGGAGGCACGGGGUCA